AUGACAACGCUGAGCGGUCUGACGGAUGGCGAUUGGACGUGGAAAUGCGAUAGGGACAUCCGCGAGUUCUUCCACGACCCAAGCAUUCCGGCCCUCUGCGUCUAUCACGUGAACGGUGACCUGACCACAGAAUUUUCAUUUCCUACGGUACCCGUGCACGAGCUAACCUACUUCGUGAGACAGCCCAACGAGAUUCUCUACCCGGAGAACUUUCGCGAGCGCAUUCUCUUCGGGUCGUUGAACUACAAGGUGGAGGACCAUACACUGAACGUCAUCCAGAACGUGUUCGCGCCGAUCUUCUUCACAAUCGAAACUUGGCCGGACACGGACUUCUGCAACAAACUGGACACCUUUCUGUGCAAUUUAACGGACCUCACGUACAAAAUGCUGGGCUUAACCGUGAUAUAUGUACCUCUGGAGAGUAGGGAGUUCACUGUGGAAGAGGGUAGCGUCGAUAAGGAGUUGGUGAAGAGGCUGGAGGGUGUCGUGGCCCACUGGACCACCCAAAUCAAAAUAGCUCUCUCUGACCAGGAACAGGCAACUCCGCACGAGUUACUAUGCCUCGACGACGAAUAUGACUUCUGGACUUAUCGAUACAACAACCUGUGCGGCUUGAAUCAUCAGUUGCAUAAAAAUACGGUGGAGUUCAUUAUUGACAUAUUAUUGGCUGCACAGUCCACUUAUGUACGGCAAUUCCUGAUGUUGAAGGACGAAAUCGAGCACGGUACUGUCGAGGCAAAAUCGAACAUCGAGUUCCUGAGCAUUCUGAAGGACACUUCUGCCGAGUUGAAAACUUGCACGGCUCCCGCAAACGUGGCUCAAUAUCUGCCAAAAAUGAUGCAUCUCUUCAGGACGAUUUGGCUAAACUCCCCCUACUACAAUACCUGCGAGAGGAUAAGCAAUCUCUUCAGUGCUCUUAGCAAUCAGAUCGUCGUCAUGUGCAAAGACUUCAUCGAUCUAGCAGACGUAUUUGCGGGACGGACUAGAAAGAGUAUGAAGUUGUUGGAUGAAUGUAUCAAAUUGUGCAAUGAUUAUAAGACUCUUUACUAUGAGAUUGCGAACGCUCACAUCAAUCUCACAUUUCACCCCUGGGACUUAGACACAGAGAGUAUAUUUCGUUACAUCGACGUUUUCAUCGGCAGGUGUCAGGAUAUGAUCGAGAUUUGUCAAGCGAUGAUUGAUUUUGCAAGGUCGGACGAGACCGCUCAGAUUUCAAGUCCCAAAUUUAGCGGUACAAAUGGUGAAGAGUAUGAAAGAGUAUGUCAAAAAAUUGAAAGACUCUUCUUUGAAAGUCUGAACAAAAUCGAGACCAAUUCGGAUAAGAUUUUCGUCGUUCACAAUUCUACGUGGCACGAUAAUAUGAUCAUAUUUCGUAGCGAAAUGAGGGAUUUGGAGAUAAUGAUUGAAAACUUGAUAGCCACCGUUUUCAUGGACGUUAAUAACGUUCAAGAGGGAAUUGAAGAUCUGAGGAGCUUCUACAAUUAUUCGAAUCGCAAGAAUUUAAAGUCGUUGUUUGAUAGCAAAAAUACCAGCGUAUGGCAGAUCUUUGCCGACGAUAUUCAACGGACAAAGCAGGAGGUCCUGGACGAGAGGGAAGAAUAUCCUUCGUUUACUCCGUAUUACGCUGGUAGAGCGUUGAAUCUUCGUCUAAAAGGUGACCGUCUGCUAUCGACGCGAAAGAUGCUGGAGAAGGCCGAGUGGAUGCCCUAUUGCGCCAUGAGCGAGGAGAUCUAUCAUCAGGAAGACAUCGUGAUCAGAUCCAUCGAGGACUCGAUGAAGGAUCUGCACACGAAAUGGUUGCACGACGUAGGCGAAAAUCCGCGUACGCGGCUCGAUCGUUGUCUAAUACGACGUAGCGAUAGUAAAUCCGGUUUUCUGGAGUGUAAUAUCGAUUCUAAUAUCUUGAACCUCUGCCGUGAGUGUUCCUAUUGGAUUAGCCUGCGAUUCAAUAUACCUGUAAAUAUACAACUAAUACAUGACAAGUGGAACACGCUGCACUUCAUAUACGAGAGUGUCCUCGCCGUCACGUUGGCGUAUAACAGGAUUAUCGAAGCAUUGUCGCUGACAGAACGUGCGCUGUUUCGCGAAUUAAUUCGGCAGCUCGACCGGAGGAUCAAUCCCGGCUUAACCAAGCUGACGUGGAGCACGGAUUACGUGGACGCGUAUAUUGAGGAUUGUUUCAACGAAACGGCCAAUGUACGCUUAGAGCCUCUUACCUUAUCCAUGUGCGAAGUCCAUCUUCAAGAGUUUAUCGACACUUACAAGAACUCGAACGCCGAGAUCAUGAGAAUCUGUGAGAAGAUCUGUGACACUCCAAUGAUCAAAAUAAGAGUUAAUUACACAUACACAUUGUCCGUAUUAAAAGAGGAGCUCUUGCACGUACGAGACGAGACAUUCCAAGUUAUGACUCAAAGACUGGAUAUGAUAUUUCUAUACAUCAUGGAGAUUUAUGAGGGUUUUCAACAUGUGAUAGAAGAGAGUCGUGCGGAAUGGAAAGAUUAUUUGACAAAGAUCGAUACAGUAAUUGAGGAAGCCAUUAGGUUUUGUUUGAAGAAUUCUUUAAUGAUUAUGUUCGAAGCUGUUCACGGUGCUGAUACGACAGGACCCUCACCCCUUUUAUUAGUGCAAGUGGAUAUUAUCGAUAACAAAAUAAACUUUGUACCAAGCCUUUUGGAGAUAGCUACAGUAAUAGGAAAUAUUUUGAAUAUUUUGUUGGAGCCCUUGAAAGAUGUUUCGCGACUAGUUAAGAAGUUUAAAAUGCUUCGAGACAAGAGCUUUCCCUUUCCAAAGUUGUACAAGGAGGACAAAGAGCUGAUUGAACUCCAACAGAAACUCAAUAACGACGUAAGUUAUUGUUUUGCUCAAGUGCAAAAUUAUCUCAAGAUCUGGGAACCAUUUAAAGAUGUAUGGGAAGUAAAUAAAGAUCUAUAUAUUCAAAGAUAUGAAAAGUUGAAACCAACAGGGGCAUCUUUUGAUGCGGAUAUAAGUAAAUACAUCGAUGUGGUGAAUAGCGUCCAACUACAGGAAACAAUGACGACAGUGCAUUUCCUCGAUAUAAAUUCUGAUGGAUUGAAAGCCACCAUCAUCGAGCACUGUUCAAUUUGGCAACAGAAGCUCACCGCACUUUUGUUACGUAUGACCGAUGCAAUGGUCGACCACAUUUAUCAUUACAUCGCUGAAAAUUCCACAAAAAUAAUGAAGGAACCGACGGAUCUCAUCAGCAUGCAAUCCGCGCUGCAAUUGUUCGAGAGGCUCACCGCCGAGAUUUCGAAAGAGGAGGAAGAGUUUCCUAAGAUCCACGAGCAGUUCCAAACUUUGGAAAGAUACGACGUGCCAUUAACUUACGAGUUUAGAAGAAAAUUAAAAGACAUCAGCCGUUCUUGGGCGGCUUACUUGGAGCUACUUGCCACGUGCGAAGUUACUUUGCUCGAAAAAAAGGAAGAAUUUAAACAAAUAUUGUUGACUGAUGCGACGAUGUUCGAAGAAGAUAUAUCCUCUGUGGUGCGUAGAUUUAAGGAUACCGGGCCCUUCACGUCCGAUUGGAAUUCAAAGAACGCUUUAAAUUGGGUAGCAAUUUUCUGGAAAGAUAUUUAUUCCUUAAAAGAUAGAGAGAGUCUAUUAAAAUCACAAUUGACCAUUUUUGGCAUAAAUUACCCAGAUUCUCAAGAGCUCGCUCAACUCAAUAAAGUAAAUGUCUCAUUUGUCGCUCAAAUGUCAUCUUUGUGUUAAUCUUACGUACUUACACAACGUUUCAACAUUUUUCUACUUGCGAAGGAUGUAGCCGUGAUCGAAUUGGUGUGGCAAUUGACGGACGAAUGGAACACUGCUUGGGAACGCUACAAAACCGGAAAUUUCUGGACGAUAGAAUUGGAAGAGAUGGACGCAACCGCUAAUCUCCUCCUUCGGAAACUUACGAAACUCAGCAGAGAACUCAAAGAAAAGAACUGGGAAAUUGUCGAAAAUACUAGGUUAAAUGUCGAUAAAUUUCGACGCACAUUACCACUGAUAACAGUACUGAAAAAUCCGGCAAUGCGACCGAGACAUUGGCAGCUGGUCAAAGAUACGAUCGGUCGAGACUUUGAUGAGACGUCAGAAGAUUUUACUUUGGAUGCGAUUAUUAAAAUGCAAAUGCAUAAUUUCGCGGAACAGAUUAGCGAAAUCUCGAGCGCAGCCACAAUGGAACUCGUCAUUGAAAUUGGACUCCAACGUAUUAAGGAUACUUGGGAAACAAUACCGAUCACGAUGGUUCCAUAUAAGGAUAAAGGAAUAUAUAGAUUAAAAGCUAUAGACGACAUAAUGCAAACUUUGGAAGAUCAUCAGGUGCAGCUUUCAUCCAUGAAAUCAACGAGAUUCGUCGAACCAUUUGCCCAAGAGGUCGACUACUGGGAACGGGCGCUGUCGACGAUCGAAGAAGUUUUAGAAAUGGUGCUGGUGGUACAAAGAGAAUACGUGUAUCUGGACAAUAUAUUCACAACCGAGGACAUAAAAAAACAACUUCCAAAGGAGGCCGAUGAUUUUGACAAAGUGACGAGCGAGUUGGCUGAAUAUACAUCAAGAAUGGCUUCCUAUGAUUUGGCACUAUCAGCCACUCAUAAUCCACCAUUUGCAUGUUUCCCCUCUUCUUUGCUCCCCAUCCUGGCGAUCCUGUUAGCUGGCUUGCUGGAAAUCCUGAACAAACUCAAUGACAAGUUGGAGGCGUUGCAGUUGGCGCUCGAGCAGUACCUGGAGACCAAGAGAUGUAUAUUUCCGAGGCUUUACUUCGUCUCGAAUGAUGAUAUACUGGAGAUCCUCGCGCAUUCUAAAAGACCGGACCUCAUACAGUCCCACAUCAGGAAGCUCUUCGCGAACAUCAAGUCCUUGAAGCUCAGCAAAUCGCUGACUGGAAAACAUGUGGCUGACGGCAUAUACUCGAACGAUGAAGAGUACGUCGAGUUUGUCGAACCGGUCCUCUUGGAGGGUCAAGUCGAAUAUUGGCUGCGCAAUAUCGAGGCCGCGAUGAGAGUGACCCUGCGCGAAGUGUUGAGGCAGUGUCGGACAGCUCUGCGAAAAAUGCUCGCGAAACGCGACAGGUGGGUGAAAGAGUGGCCGGGCCAGCCGGCCAUUACGUCCACUCAGAUUCAAUGGACGAGCGACUGCACGCGCGCUCUGCUGCACUGCAAGUGAGUACGUCUUGUCUAUGAGAAAUUUAGCUACGUUAGUUAUGAAACGUGCGGGAAACGCAAACGCGACUCGAGGACGGAACGGAGGUGGUAGAGAAAAACGGGAUGAACGUGAGGCCGGUUCUGACGGACGUCGAAAGACGGUUAGAGGAAACGAGACGGUGACGUACCCGGGACGAGAAAAGAUCUCUUCACACGUACAGACACGAGUGCAAG